AUGGAGCUGCAGGGACAGCAGGUGGGAGAAGAGCUGGCCGAGGAGCCGGGAGAAGCCCCCGGCCCCACAGCUCCGCAUGCUCCUCCCUGCGACGUUCCUGCAGCUCCCGUCCCAAGCACGGAUGAUGUCAGAGUUGUCAUGGCAUCGAUCUUCUCCAUCGUGGUGUUUGGCUCCAUUGUGAACGAGUGCUACGUGAACAAGGACAGCCAGAGCUCCGAGCUGCUCUGCAUCUUCAACGAGAAUGAGAGCGCCUGCAGCUACGGCAUCGCCGUCGGCAUCAUCGCCUUCUUCGGCUGCAUCUUCUUCUUCAUCGUGGACCUGUACUUCCAGCAGAUCAGCAGCGUCAAGGACCGCAAACGGGCCGUGCUGCUGGACCUCGGCUUCUCAGGUUUCCUGGCCUUCCUGUGGUUUGUGGCCUUCUGCUUCCUGGCCAACCAGUGGCAGCGGACGACGCUGACCAGGGCCUUUGCACAGGGGGCUGAUGCUGCACGGGCAGCCAUCACCUUCUCCUUCUUCUCCAUCAUCAUCUGGGUGGUGCUGGCAGUGAGGGCCCUGCAGAGGUACCGCCUGGGCACGGACAUGUCGCUCUUUGCCACCGACCAGUUCCCCGCGGACCCGAGCGCGCCGUACCCCGGGUACCCCGUGGGCAGCGGCACCGAGAGCACGGAGACCUACCAGAGCCCCCCCUUCACUGAGACCUUAGAGGCCAACCCCAAAGGUUACCAAGUGCCAGCGUACUGAGGGCCCGGGGCGUCCCCGGGGCCGCGUCCCACGGUGCAGCACCGGAUCCGGCCGAUCCCAAAUGUAUUCAGUCCCAUUUCCUUGCCGUGGCCAGUCAGUGCUGGGUCCCUUUAUUAGCUCGUUGUGCAGUGAAUUCUGUACAGUGGUAUUGGUUCUUGUCUUACCUGUCCCAGGGUUUCUAAAAGCAGUGUUCCCUCUAAGCCAGAAGAAAGGAAGGUUGUUACCACAUCACCUACACGUGGGGAAGAUGAAUAAAUGCCCUCUCUAAGCCUUGGUGCCGGGUGCUGGCUCUGCUGGGAAAGCCCAGGACACCUUUUCCUCUUAGAAAACAGUAGCUGAGGAGUUAUUUCUCUCGUUCUGAGGAGUUAUUUAUCUCGUUCUUCCGGAGCUAACACAGAAUCUGUCGAGGGUGGGUGGGUGGUGGGGAGGGUUGGGCUCCUGCUGAGGAGCUUUCCAGUCCAUGUUCCAUGGAAAGUGCCAAAUUCACAAGGAAGUUAAGUGGUGUCUGUGUUACUUUUCUUUGUAUAUAUUUACUGUACAAAACAAAUAUCCAAACAGGUGUUUCAAACUUGGCUUAGAGGCACGGGGGGGGGGUCACAGUGGGUCGGGGUCAGGGUCAAUAUCCAGAUUAAUUCUGUUCUUCAAUGAGUUCUGGUCAAGGGUGUAAAAAGUUACUGUUUGAAACUGGAAACCAGUUCAGCAGUAGCUGGCUGCUAACUGGGAAUAGCCUGUGAUCAGCAGGAUAUGGCAUGUUGUGGUUCUGUUUGUUCACCAGGGAAUUGGGAAGUUUCUGGUUGGCACUGCUGCCACGUCCUCCCGCUCAGCCCUGGCACCAAGGGCGGGGGGCUCAGAUGCAAAGUCCAAGGCCAUUAGGAGCAAUAUUGGACUUGUGUUUUCAUACUGGGAGCAGCCACCAUCUGUCAGCUGCAGCAGAACCCCAGGUGGGGACAUGUGUGUCACCCUGCAGUCUCCAGAAAUGAGGAAUUCAGGCAGGGAACUGGAAAGGCUUCACAGGCCAUUGAAGUCCCUCCCGAGUGGGCUCACAUGUUUGGAAAUGGUGGGGGGAGAGAGUCAGUGAAAAGCACCCAGGAAAGAGGCUCAGUUUGGAGUUUCAGCUGCAAAAUUCCUGCCUUGUAAAAACAAAAUAUGUAAAAUCCAGUGGGUCCUUGUCAGCCACCUGCCGGCUUUCCCUUCCA